CCCCUUUUUUAAUUUCCCGUCCGCUCUUUUUCUCCUCUUCAGUCCCCCAAAAGGGCCAAAACUCUUGAUGGAAAGCAAAAAUUUCACCUUGCGUCAAUCUUGGGCGCGGUUUCUAGGUAUUGCUCUUUCUACAGUCUCGAUUGAUUUCCCCUUUGGCUAGAUUUCACCGCAGUCUGCUUUGUCCGCGAAAUACCUAAUUUAAGGAUGCAAAUCUUUCACUUGGAAACUGAAUGGAUGGAUGUAUAUCAAUCUUUGUCUAAAGUUUGAAACUGGGCACAACUCUCUUCAGCAUAUAUUGUCAGUUUUAUAUAUAUCAUGGUUCGAAAAGGAAACCAACAUAAGAAUGUUUCUUUAGAGAAAGAAAAGUCAAAAGUUCAUAGUCAAAAUACUGCUGACACCGGAGAAAGGGUAAUCUCUGGAAAUAGUAAGAAAAACAAGAACAAGCAGCGACAACAGCAUUUUCCUUGCAAAGAGAAGUCAGUUGGGACCCCUGAACCUCAACAAACAGUAGAAUCCUUGAGCAAUGUACAAAAUGAGGAUAGUGAAGGAAGACAAAAUGAUGAAGUACUAUUUGGAAGCAAUCAUAAUCCAAAUAUUUACAUGUCAGAGGGCUUGUCUAUGGAAACUAUGGCAGGUCAUAUUUGGUCUUCAGUUACAGUGGCUGGUCAGAGAUUAAGAGUUCUCACUUUAGAUGUCCUCACUGCAGCCAAUGGAUGGCUUGAGCAGCAAAAACCGCGAGUUUUAAUUUUCAAAAUGUAUAUUUGCAACGGGCGUGAUUACAUACUUGUUCAAAUCAAACAUGUAUAUCCAUUUAUUUGGACAUGGAUUAAGCACUUUGGACAGUUGGUACUUCUUCUGUCAGUGGUUUGGCUGGAUUGCAAUAUACGGGGUAUUAGUUCUUUACUGCGCUUGGGUACAACAUCCUUCUUUACAGUUAUUUGGUGCAGCAUCCUGUCGAUUGUCUCAAUGGUUGGAUUUACAAAAGCUCUCAUUGUCAUGGUUAUUUCUGCUGUUGUUGGAUUAUUUAUUGGCUUGGCCCUAGGGGUUUUGAUCCUUGCAAUAUUCUCAGCGAUUAGUUUGUGGCUAUAUGGAAGCUUUUGGACAACACUACUUAUCACUUGUGUUGGAGGUAGCUCAUUUGCUAUGAGUCAUGAACGAGCUGCACUAUUGAUCACAACAACAUAUUCUGUGUAUUGUGCCAAAUGCUAUGUUGGGUGGCUUGGUUUACUCUUGGGAUUGAACCUAUCUUUUAUAUCGAGUGAUAUUCUUGCAUACUUCCUAAAGAACAACAUUAAUGAGCAAGGACAAGGAUCUUAUUACUCUUCAGAACAAGAUAAGCAAACUCCUACUGGAGCAGGACAUUUCUAUGGUGAACCUUCACAUUCUUCAUCAUCUGUUGAUUCGUCUGCUUCCAGAAGCUCAGCUGUUCCUUCAACUAGUGGAUGUGAUGCAGAGUUAACUUCUGAAGGUGAAGUUCUUCGAUUGUUGAACUGCAAUGAUCACUAUUCAGCUUUUGGCUUCACCCGCUUUGAGAACGUAGAUGUAUCUUUGCUCAAGAGGGAAUAUAGAAAGAAGGCUAUGCUGGUUCAUCCAGAUAAAAAUAUGGGUAAUGAGAAAGCUGCAGAGGCAUUCAAGAAACUUCAAAAUGCAUACGAGGUUCUGCUAGAUACAUUGAAACGAAAAACUUAUGAUGAUGAAUUAAGGAGGGAGGAGCUUUUGAACUAUUUCCGAAGGUUCCAAGGUGCUUCAAGCAAGACUGGAAAGCAUAACAUCUUCGGUCCUGGCUCCACUCAUUUUGAGGCUGAUGAUGAAGGCAACCCUGAAGAAUCAAGAAGAAUAGCUUGCAAGAAUUGUGGUAAUUUUCAUAAGUGGACUCGUACAGGGAGAUCUAAAUCCCAAGCAAGAUGGUGUCAGGAUUGCAAUGAUUUUCAUCAAGCUAAAGAUGGUGAUGGAUGGCUUGAACAAUCAGCCAGCCCAUUUUUGUUUGGUUUACUGCAAAAGGUGGAUGCACCAUGUGCAUAUGUUUGUGCCGAAGGCAGAAUUUACAACGUGACUGAAUGGUUCAUUUGCCAGGGGAUGAGAUGUCCUGCAAACACCCACAGAGCCAGCUUCCAUGUAAACACAAAUCUAAGCUCGAAGCACAACAGUAGCAAUACAAAGGGAGCCAGUUCAUCCCAAAGAGGCAGCAAACCGAUGCCCAAUGUUAACAUUGACGAGUCGAUGACAGAGGAAGAGUUAUUCGAUUGGUUACAGAGUGUGACACAGUCGGGCAUUUUUGAGACCAAUGGUGGAUCGACGAGCGAGAGCCCUACUGCUAAAAAUGGUGGGAGCCCAAAGGGAAGUAGCAGUGUGAAGAAGAAGAGGAAAGGGAAAAAACAGUGGUGAACAUGAAAUUAUACAGUAUUGAGCUUGUUUUCAUUUUUAUUAUUCGAAAGGGUCUUAAUGUUUCUCAAUCCAAGCUGACAAGUUUUGUGUUUUGAGGAAUUUGCUUUGAGGCCUUGAAAUUGUUGACUUUGACCCCUUUAUUAUUAGGGGCUGAAGGAUUGGUGUAUAAAUGAGAGGGUAUAAUCUAGCCAAGUUUUAUCAUUGUUCAACUUAA